UUCACGUUUAUGUGGGCAGCCAGAAGUACAUCAGGAAGUGAGAAAGGAGGGGAGAUGAACUGCAGCAUGACAGAUGUAGAACCAGCUAUGGUACGGUAGGGCAUGGCUGUGAUUUGGAUGAGCAAGUAGGCAAAGACCCCACCUGAUUCUGUUUUUAAUCAAGCUGCUUGAAGUUUUGGUGCCUGGAUCAAGACCUCUGCAGUGACAGUGAUCACUAGCCAGCAAGCCAGCAUGUACCCUUGGCUCUUCACCAGCAGAGAGGAAUUGUGCUGACAUUCAGCAACUGGCAAUGACCCUCCAUCACAUCAGCUUCCCCAUAACCACUGGAAAGAAUUGCUGAACUAGAGGCGGAAGCUGACUCUAGCUGACUACGUUACCAUCCCUGCCAGAUGACUACUGACCAGCAAUCCAAAGCAGCACCACUCAAGAGAGAGAUGUCCUCAUCUACCUCCCAGCUGCAGAUGAGAGGAAUGAUCUGCUUAUAGCUUCUUAGAGGGGAAUGACUUCUCCCAGUGCUUUUCUUUGUGCCUCCUUAGCCUGCCAACAGGCUCAGCCAUCUCUGUGAGACCCUCCCCUGAUCCCUGCAGGGCAUGUCAUUGUCCAAUGCAUCUCAGACAUGCAAGGAUUACAGUUUCAACCACCGCCUCCUCCUCCCUGGCUACACCCUGAUAUUCAUUACAGGUUUGAUGCUGAACGUGACAGCCCUAUGGAUAUUCAUCCGCUACCUGCGCCUGAAGUCUGUAGUGAUGAUCUACAUGUUCAACCUGGCCAUGAGCGACCUCAUCUUCACGCUCCCUCUGCCGCUGAGACUCUACUACUAUUUCAACCACCACUGGCCCUUUGGUAACACCCUGUGCCAGGUGUCUGGCUCUGUCUUCCAGAUCAACAUGUAUGGUAGCUGCCUCUUCCUCAUGUGCAUCAACCUGGAUCGCUAUGUCGCCAUUGUCCACCCACUUCGCUGGCGGCAUGUGCGGCGCCCCAAGGUGGCCAAGAUCCUUUGCCUGAUGGUCUGGGUUGUGAUCUUCAUGGGCUCCAUCCCCACCGCCAUAGUCCACAAGCAAAACCACUGUGAGGUACUGAACCAGACCAUUUAUCUGUGCUUUGAAAGCUUUAGUGACAACAUGUGGCAGAAUAACCUCUUCCCCCUAGUUGUCCUGGCUGAAAUCUUGGGGUUUCUCCUGCCUCUCAGCUCUGUGACAUACUGCUCAAUUCGGAUCUUUCAGGAGCUCUGCCAGGACGGCCAGACAAAGACCCUACGACAACAGAAGACCGUCCGUCUCCUCUUGGUCAAUCUGGUCAUCUUCAUCAUCUGUUUUGUGCCUUACAACACUACCCUGGCAGUUUAUGGGAUGAUAAAGGCCCAGGUGAUUAAGGUUGAGAAAGAAACACAGGCCUCUGUGCGCCAAGUGUUAAUCAUGACAAUGCUGUUGGCCAGCAUGAACUGCACGCUGGACCCCCUCAUCUACUACUUUAGUACUGAGGGUUUCCGUAACACCUUUAAGAAACUGCGGCGAGGACAAGCCUGGGACUCAGAUACAGGGAUACUUAAGAAUCAGGUUGUGGAGAAUAAGUCAACCCGAGACCAUGCUGUCUCCAAAGUAAAACAGUUCCGAGCUGAAAACUUUAUCCGUCCCAAUGAAUCUUUGCCAUCACUUCCUACUGCAGUAUUUUUGAAUGGCCCUAUUGAGGACUCAGAAAUAUAACCACAGAAAGGUCAUACCGUUGCAGUGUCACCCAUUCAAUAAUUACAGCAAGACUGUGGGAAACAGCUCAGGGUAACUUAGCAAACUGUUUGAGGGAGCACAGCAGACUGUAUGUGGGUGAACGUGAUGAUACAAGCUGAAGGAUGAAAGGUUGUUUUGAAUAAACAGAGAUGUCUUGGUGA